AUCAAACGCCCCCUUUCCGACAUUAUACCCCUCCAAUCCUCGCCAAGCCAAACAUCGCGGUUCCUCUCUCCUCCCUCUCUUCCCAUUACAACCCACGCCAUUAUUGCCUGCUCGCGCUCAUAACUCAGCAUCUUCCUCCCUCUCCUCUCUAUCCCUUCCCCGUAUUCUUUACCUUUAUCCCUCCAUAGACAACGAGAAUAAAACCACAGCCGAAGAACGUGCGACUUAUACCACUCCCACUCCUCGUCCCUCCCUCCAUUAUUUAAUCUAAUGUAAACUCUAGACCAGUAUUCCUACCUUCCUAGAGAACAAGGGUCCAAUCGUGGCAGAGGAAUAGCAACAAAAGAUAUUACGAGGAAGAAUAGGAGGAAGAAGAAGAGUAUAAAAGGGUUAGAAGAAUAAUAAAAGAACAGGGUGUGGGGGGGGAGAGAGAGGGGAGGUGGAGGUAUAGUAGGAUCGGAAAUGUUGUGCCGGUGCUUGGGUGAGCGGCGGGUCCGCCAGAUCCGGCGCGCCCUCCGGCGGGGGAAGCUCACCUUCCUCUGCCUCUUCGUCACAGUCAUCGUCCUCCGCGGCACCAUCGGUGCCGGCAAAUUUGGCACCCCCGAGCAGGACUUCAACGAGAUCCGCCAGCGCCUCCGCCCCCACGGCUCCCUCCCCCACCGUGCCCUCGUCGAACAGCAAGCCGACCAUUCCUCCGCUGCCACCGCCGGGAAAGCCUUCGUCGCCGACGAGGGCGACGACGAUCCGCCGCGGGAUCCCAACAUUCCCUAUUCGCUGGGCCCCAAGAUCUCCGACUGGGACGAGCAGCGCGCCGCCUGGCUCCGCCGCCACCCGGAAUCCCCUAACUUCUGGGGCCCCAACAAGCCCCGCGUCCUCCUCGUCACCGGCUCCUCCCCCAAGCCCUGCGAGAACCCCGUCGGCGACCACUACCUCCUCAAGUCCAUCAAGAACAAGAUCGACUACUGCCGCGUCCACGGCAUCGAAAUCUUCUACAACCUCGCCCUGCUCGACGCCGAGAUGGCCGGUUUCUGGGCCAAGCUCCCUCUGAUCCGCUCCCUCCUCCUCGCCCACCCAGAGGUCGAGUUCCUCUGGUGGAUGGACUCCGACGCCAUGUUCACCGACAUGGCCUUCGAUCUCCCCUGGGAGCGCUACGCCCCCUUCAACCUCGUCAUGCACGGCUGGAACGAGAUGGUGUACGACGACAAGAACUGGAUCGGCCUCAACACCGGCAGCUUCCUCCUCCGCAACUGCCAGUGGUCGCUCGACCUCCUCGACGCGUGGGCCCCAAUGGGUCCCAAAGGCAAGGUCCGCACCGAGGCCGGCAAGGUCCUGACCUCCUUCCUCAAGGACCGGCCGGUGUUCGAGGCCGACGACCAGUCGGCCAUGGUGUACCUCCUCGUCACGCAGCGCGAUCGCUGGGCCGACAAGGUCUACCUCGAGAGCGCCUACUACCUCCACGGCUACUGGGGUAUCCUCGUCGACCGGUACGAGGAGAUGAUCGAGAACUACCACCCAGGCCUCGGCGAUCACCGGUGGCCCCUUGUGACUCACUUUGUCGGCUGCAAGCCCUGCGGCAAGUUCGGGGACUACCCCGUCGAGCGCUGCCUUAAGCAGAUGGACCGGGCGUUCAACUUCGGUGACAACCAGAUCCUCCAGAUGUAUGGCUUCACCCACAAAUCGCUUGUCAGCCGGAGGGUGAAGAGGAUCAGGAAUGAGACGAGCAAUCCGCUCGAUUUGACGAAGGACGAGCUCGGGCUGCUGCACCCGUCGUUCAAAGCUGCUGUCAAGGUCCCAAAUGCUGCUGCAUCCUGAGAGUAAAAUUGUUUGGUUCUUUUCUCUCUUUCUUUUUUGCUUUAGAGGUAACUUUUAUUUAGAUAUCUAUGAUCGGAGGAGGCAUGGGUUAUAGAUAUAUAAUUAUAAUGUGAUGUUCUGGUUCUUUGUGCUUAUUUGCGGACAGUUGUCUGACCUAUGCAUGUAGGAAUUGGGCUACUAAUUCAAAUCUACUACCUCUUUCAUGGAUUCCUAUUGUCUUGCUGAAAGCAUCGAUUUUUGU